CUUUAUUCCACUCACAUUAAUUACCAAAAAUGUUAUGAAAAUCUAGAUAGCGUUUCACAUAUUCACAGGGUCAAAAAAGGAAAUAACAAAAAGAAGAAAAAAGAGAAACUUCUGGAAAAAGAAAAGGAAGCCACAUACGCUCUUCUAGCGCAUUCCUAUACUCUUUCCUUCUUUGUGGUCCCCUUUUCACUUUUUUAAAUUCCAACUUUACCCUUGUUCUUCUUCUUCGUUCUCUUUUUUUUAUUUUUGUUUUUGUUGUUGUCUUCUGGAACUUCCGAUCUGUCUCUCCUCUUCUCUCUCUUUCUUAUCAAUACGUUCCUCUCAGAACAUUCUGGAACUUCACAACAUAAUCUCUCUCUCUCUCUAUCUCUAGCUUCGUGAUCAUCGUGUGUCUCUGUGUUCAAUCUGGAUUGUGACAAUCUCUUUCUUUCUUGGUUGGUGUAGAUUACGUCAAGAGAGAGAUAGAGAAGUUUUUGGAUUUGGUUCUAAUGGGUCUGUGAUAGACGUUUCCUUUCUCUUCUCUGUCUAGUUUCUGUUUUGAGAUCUCUAUGUUUCCAACUUUCUUCAAAGCUCAUUCCCAUUGGUAGAUUUCAUCAUUAUCUUAAUUUGGGUAUUGGGAUUAAGGAAAGUUUAGAUUUUUGAUCUAUAACUCAUGCCGGGGGAACAAACCGGAGAAACUCCGACGGUGGCCGGAGUUGGCGGCGGUGGAGCUGGUUGUAGCGCCGGGAAUAGUGGUGGAAGUAGUGGAUGUGGUGCUGGUGGUGGCGGUGGUGGUAGUGGUGGAGGUGGUGGCGGAGGAGGAGAUUCACAGAGGUCAAUUCCGACGCCGUUUUUGACGAAAACGUAUCAGCUUGUGGAAGAUCCGGUUUACGACGAAUUGAUCUCGUGGAACGAAGAUGGAACCACUUUUAUUGUGUGGCGACCAGCUGAAUUCGCUAGAGAUCUUCUUCCCAAAUACUUCAAACAUAAUAACUUCUCGAGUUUUGUUCGUCAGCUCAAUACUUACGGAUUUCGAAAAGUAGUUCCAGAUCGUUGGGAGUUUUCUAAUGAUUGUUUUAAGAGAGGUGAGAAGAUUCUGCUUCGGGAUAUUCAACGGCGGAAAAUCUCUCAGCCUGCUAUGGCCGCGGCUGCUGCAGCGGCGGCGGCAGCCGUAGCGGCUUCGGCUGUUACAGUAGCAGCUGUUCCUGUUGUAGCUCAUAUUGUUUCUCCAUCGAACUCUGGAGAAGAACAGGUUAUAUCGUCUAAUUCUUCGCCUGCGGCUGCUGCUGCUGCUAUAGGAGGAGUGGUUGGUGGUGGUUCUUUGCAGAGGACAACGAGCUGCACCACUGCACCAGAGCUGGUUGAGGAGAAUGAGCGAUUGAGGAAAGAUAAUGAGCGAUUGAGGAAAGAGAUGACAAAGCUUAAAGGAUUGUAUGCGAAUAUCUACACAUUAAUGGCGAAUUUCACACCGGGUCAAGAAGAUUGUGCGCAUUUGUUACCUGAAGGGAAACCUUUAGAUCUUUUACCGGAGAGACAAGAGAUGAGUGAAGCCAUUAUGGCUUCUGAAAUAGAGACAGGGAUUGGUCUGAAACUUGGUGAGGAUUUGACUCCAAGGUUGUUUGGGGUUUCUAUUGGGGUCAAGCGAGCUAGAAGAGAAGAAGAAUUGGGUGCUGCAGAGGAAGAAGAUGAUGAUAGACGAGAAGCUGCUGCCCAAGAGGGAGAACAAAGUUCUGAUGUUAAGGCAGAGCCAAUGGAGGAGAAUAACUCCGGUAACCAUAAUGGGUCGUGGCUUGAACUCGGAAAAUGAAAAACACUUGCCGAUUCAGAGGCAUUGUUGAAUAUGCAAGAAACUGUUACUGAUCCCCAUUGCAUAGGCAAGCCAUUGCGCUGUCCCGGACGGAAAAUGGGGAUGUGUUCGGUCAUAAGAGGACAGAUGUUCAUUGAGUUGGGGUAGUACAAAAGUAUCUAAAAACACUGAUUCUACCAUCCUGAGUUGUUCCUGAUUUCAGAUGUUGCCUCCUGAAUCUUCUUCUUGAUGGAACUGAAACUAUUCUGGCUUGCUGUGCUCCAGUGAGUGGAUGUGCUUCUCACGAUUUCGGAUAAAGCAGGCAGAUUCAAUGUUACAUCUUCAUAUUCUGCAACAAAUAGCAGGAAUCAAUGGUUUUUAAGAGUUAUGGCAAUGUUGAUACAGAAUCAUUUCUUUUGAGUUCAAAACAAUUGUAGCUCUCUGACUUGUAAUGAUCUUAAUGAAAUUUAUCUCUCUUAUUUAAAGAUGGUCCAAGUUCUCU